ACAGACCACAGGACCUCUUCAGUAAUGCGAUGCCAAAGCAGCUUGUUCAACUCCACAAGAGCGCUGUCUGAUCCGAGGGAACUUGUUCUUCCAUCCAGCGCCUCGUCCUCGUCUUCCCUUUUCACUUGAGGACACAUCUCGCACGGGUCGUUCCAAGCGCGCCUCUCCCUCUCCGCCUCUCACGUCUUUCGCACUGAAAGUUUGCUUUGGGGAAAAAAGGAAAAAGAGUGAAAAUGAACAACACCGGGUUCAACCAAACUGAGGGCGGACUGCUCAACAAGACCGAGGAGUUCUUCUGCUGCAACUUUUCCUCCGUGGUGACUGACAACGGCUUCGUGGCCGCCGCUCCGGACGAGCGGAGCCUCUUCGUCACCAGGGUGGUCCAGAUCGCGGUCAUGUGCGUCUUGUCCCUCACGGUGGUUUUUGGCAUCUUUUUCUUGGCCUGCAACCUUCUCAUAAAGUCAGAGGGAAUGAUCACCUUUUUAGUGACUGACAGGAGACCGUCUAAAGAAGCGGAGGCAGUGAUUAUUGGAGCCUACUGACUGACGAGGAUCCUUAAUGAUUUGAAUCAGAUCUGAGUUCUGGGGACAGAUGGGAGACGAUGCGAUGAUAACUGCUAACUAACUAAACAAGCCCAUGUUUUCAUAUUGGCAAUUAGAAACACCUCAUUGUGAGCCGAACUGUGCUGGUGGCUACGGCUCACAGGGUUUCACCUCUUUCCUUGUGGCUUUUUUAUUCCCAGCAAAACUCAAUUAUCUCCAAUUACAGUAGUGCUUUUAAGCCUCUUUGAUUAUAAAGUAUUCGAUCAAGCACUGUUGUACUUUCAGUAGUUGGAGCACCGUUUGUCAAGCAGCGUCCUUUGUCAUAAAGUGUCAAAGUCUCCGUAUUUUCUGUUUAAAAAUGCACUCUCAUAUUGCCAAUGCAAUGGAGAAAUUAAUGUUUAAACAUGUACUGUAUGUUGUAUGUGUUUUUGCAUACAAUUUUCAAUGUAUUAAUCGGUGUAUUUCCUGCGGGAGACUGAGUGUUUCCGUGGGUGGAGAAAAGCCCAGCAUGCCGUGUAUCCUGUUAAUUGGAGUAAAUUCGUUCUGUAAUUAAAAUGUUCCUCUUGAUUAAAGUCUAUUUUCUUCCAUGAAUAUAGCCUUC